UCCCAUGAUUCCUUGCGGGGCCGUCGAUAAUAACAGCAUCGGCUUGCUAGCAGUAUCAGAGCAGCCUAUCUUUAUCCAUUUUCUACUAUUUUCCUAAUAGUUUAUCAUAGUUUUGUGCUGGAUUACUACGUUCUGGUUAAAGUCGAGACAAUCAUAAAAUCAGCAAACAGAUCGUCGUCAAGUCAGCCACUGGAUUUUCACACACCCAGACAUUAAUAUCACAUCCAUGGAUCAGGACUAUGAGCGCCGGUUACUGCGGCAAAUCAACGUACAGAAUGACAACACCAGCCCCAUGAAAGUACGAGAUGUGAUCUGUCAUCUGACGCCUACUCCCGAAUCGCCCCUGUCAUCACCCAGCAAGCAUGGUGACAGGUUUAUACCCUCUCGAGCUGGAGCUAACUGGAGCAUCAACUUUCACAGAAUAAAUGAAAAUGAAAAAUCUCCGAGCCAGAAUAAGAAAACCAAAGAUGCUACAUCAGAUACUGGCAAAGCGGAUGGUUUGGCAUAUUCAGCCCUGCUAAAGAAUGAGUUGCUAGGAGCUGGAAUAGAAAAGGUCCUGGAUCCUCAGACAGAAGAUAGGAGACUGCAGCCAUCCACACCGGAGAGAAGGAGCCUCUUUAGUUAUUCUCUCAGUGCCAAGAGAUCUACGCCCGAUGAUAACAGUGUUUCCCCAUACUCUCUGUCACCUGUUAGCAGCAAAAGUCAAAAGUUGCUGCGGUCGCCAAGAAAACCCACUCGCAAAAUUUCCAAGAUUCCGUUUAAGGUGCUAGAUGCACCUGAGCUUCAGGAUGACUUCUACCUCAACUUAGUGGACUGGUCCUCCUUAAAUGUGCUCAGUGUUGGACUGGGGACAUGUGUUUACCUUUGGAGUGCCUGCACCAGUCAGGUAACACGUCUAUGUGAUCUGUCAGUAGAGGGAGACUCAGUCACGUCUGUCGGCUGGUCGGAGAGAGGAAAUCUUGUUGCUGUGGGUACACACAAAGGCUUUGUACAAAUCUGGGAUGCCACUGCCGGCAAAAAACUCUUCGCUUUGGAAGGACAUACAGCAAGAGUCGGUGCAUUGGCCUGGAAUGCAGAUCAGCUGUCAUCGGGCAGCCGUGAUCGCAUGAUCCUGCAGAGAGACAUCAGGACCCCACCUCUGCAGUCAGAGCGCAGGCUGCAGGGCCACAGACAGGAAGUGUGCGGACUAAAGUGGAGCACCGACCACCAGCUUCUGGCCUCCGGUGGAAAUGACAAUAAGCUGUUAGUGUGGAACCACUCCAGUGUUUUGCCCAUGCAGCAGUACACAGAACACUUGGCCGCAGUAAAAGCCAUCGCCUGGUCUCCUCACCAGCACGGGCUGCUCGCUUCCGGAGGUGGGACGGCAGAUCGCUGCAUCCGAUUUUGGAACACACUCACGGCACAGCCGCUGCAGUGUAUCGACACAGGGUCGCAGGUCUGCAACCUUGCCUGGUCGAAACACACCAAUGAACUGGUAAGCACACACGGUUACUCUCAGAAUCAGAUCCUUGUGUGGAAAUACCCCUCGCUUACUCAAGUAGCCAAAUUAACCGGCCACUCUUACAGGGUUCUCUAUCUGGCAAUGUCUCCAGAUGGAGAAGCAAUAGUGACGGGAGCAGGCGAUGAAACUUUGCGCUUUUGGAAUGUAUUUAGUAAAACACGAUCAACAAAGGAAUCAGUGUCAGUUUUAAACCUGUUUACUAGAAUACGAUAACUGGGGUGCUGAAGAAAGGACAAAUCUUAAUAACAUGUCUAUGUCAUGGAUCACACGCAGUAGACUGGUCAUGAAAGAUGGCAUAUCACUAAAGUAUCUUCUGAUAUUUCAUACAGAAACUUGGGACAUUUGUCAUUUCAUUUUAAGUUCAAACGUUAUGUUACGUUUACUUUUUAUGUGUACAGUUCAGUUCAAGAUUUUAUGUGUUUUUGGUUACAACGAAAUGUCUAUUAUGAACGUGUAUGUAAUCCAAGCCUUAACCAGAAAUUAACGCCAUUGAAUCAGGGUAGAACAAAAGAUAGCCAUUGUGAAACAGCUGCCUCUGGUAUAAUUUGUCAGAAUCUUAAUGGGGUGCUCUUUUGAUUGUAAGGGUGAAAAAUGUGUAUAAAAGAGAAAUUCAGUUUUUAACUUAAGUUGCUUAAGAUGAUUAUAACAUACAACACCCUGAAAAAUGCGUUGUGUUUGUUUGUUGCUACUGUUGUUUUCGGGAAAUGAAUUUGCCCUUUUAGCUUUGCUGAAGUCACUGAUGAUUCAAGUGUGCCAAUAGGUGAAAAUAUAUUAUUCAAAAUAUAAAGGAAAACAAAACGUGUUAACACGUUCAGUACAUAAACACCUACAAAAGACGGUACAUGGUCAAACUAUGCUAACAUUUCAAAACCUCUGCAAACAUAACAUUUUAAAUGUUUAUAUCAUGAAACUGAAAAUUGUUUAGGAAUAUGGUGGUAUAUUUUUUACAAAUUACAUAUCUGUGCCCUCAUAAUCUUUAAUCAAAAACACAAAAACAUCUCCCAUCCUUGAAACGAUCCUUUUUUACUUCUGGCAGGGUUUGGGACCCAACUUCAAAUUAUACAAUCAAUUCUCCAUGGAUGAAUUCAAGUCCCGCCCUACCUUUUUUCAUUUCGUUUCACUAGGAUAUACAUCCCCACAGGGAAAAUAAGACGAUUGCUACUUCCGUUUCAUGGUGACUUUAAAACUGUUAUGCAUCAUGGAAGAUUUUCAUUAUUUUAAUGUAAAUUUUUUUUCUUAUGUAGCCUAACCAACACAUACAGAGAGUGAUACAUAAAUGUGGGCGUGUGUGCUUUUGUACAAUGGGCAUAAACAGUGCUCUCUUUUGAAACAGGUUUAUCAUAUUUCUGACAGUCAUGGAAAUCAUUUAUAGUAAUAAUGUUAAAAUUUGCCAUUAGUAACUUUGGGAACCAUCAGUCGUGUGCGUACUUGCUCAGCAAUUUACUUAAAACAAAUAUUCAAACCAGUUGCUGUUACCAGAUCUUAGAAAAAUAGAAGAAAAAACAACCUUAAAUGAGUUGCAUGUUUAUUAAACAAACACUAUUUUAUAUUUCACUAUAGGAAUUGUUUUCCUUGUUGCUAAAAAUACAGACUUUUUUGGCAAUAUUGCAUAUUUCGCACUUGCAAGUUAGACAAUUUAUGUCCAUGUCAUUUCUUUUUUCUUAGUUUACAAUACCUAUUCCUCAAUCCCAGUUGUUGUUAGAUUGCAAACAAUUUCAAACGCUUUAGUUGUAACAAAUGAAUUCUGUGACUCAUAGGGGUGAUUCUCGCGAAAUUAGACUUAUGAGGUGUCAUGAAACAUUUUGAUAAAAAAAAGUAAAUGUAAAGUAAGAAUAUCAAAAUAAGAAGCAUACAGUUAUAAACAUCUCUUCAUGUACUAUUUUGCACAUGAUUUCAAAUGACAUCAUACAA